CAACACAUUCGGCGCGCUAUUUUACGUGUGAUUUGCGUGUAUGAAAUAAACUGCAAGAUCAGAUUGCCCAAUUUGCUUCAUUUCACAGUGAGUCACAGUGAACAACACGAACAUGUGUGUUGCAAUUUCCGUAUCUUACUUCUGCCGUGAGACUUUGACUUUCUGAAAUAAGUGUUUAAACUCUCUUGGUUUCGUGGACAAUUUAUACGCUAACGAGCCAGAGAGAAACCCCUCACGUCCCUGCAAAGAACAAAGACACAUCUUUAAAACGAAAUGAAAGAAACAAGUAUCGAGCUCGAGGGAGGCUACCCACAGAUCAUCGUUCACGAUGUCGAAGAGCCAGAGGAGGAGACAGAAUGCAACGGUGACGAGCCGUUGAUGAAUGGAAAUAUCCGCGACCCAGUCGGCGUUUCGACCGGAACACCACAGGGAUCACCCGUACUGAAGUCACGCAACGGUCAUGGGAGCAAUGGACACAUAUACACACCCAACGGGUCACCUUCUAAGGGGGCAUCUUACCUACCUCUUGGGGUCUCACACGCUACCUCAUGGGGUGGUUCAGUGUCCUCGAUACGUCUCUCAGCGUCAAGGGAGGACAUUGCCACAAUGCAUGAAGAGCAGAAGAUAAAAGCCACAUCAGCCCCCGUAGAUAAAUUUAAGAUGAUCUUCUGCAUCAUGGCUCUACAUGGCGUUGCUACGUUACUCCCCUGGAAUAUGUUCAUCACAGCAACAGCAUAUUUCACAGAGCACAAGUUUGGUAAUGUCAGCGACAAUGCCGAGUACAAAGACAAGUUUGUCAGCUACAUCGGAAUCGCUGGUUUCAUCCCCAACGUCUUCUUCUUGGCGAUCAGUUUGUUUGUUCCUCCGAAGUCCUCGAAGAUGGCUAAUAUUCUGAGUCUGAACUUCAUGCUGUCACUGUUUGUUCUCACCACAAUACUUGCCAUCCUAGACUCCACUGAGUGGCCUGGAGCUUUCUUCGGCAUCACCAUGGCAACGAUUGUGCUUUUCAAUGGAGCCGCUGCCAUCUAUCAAUCUGGCCUCUUUGCAUUCGCAGCUGAACUGCCGGAUAGCUACCUCCAGAGUUACAUUGUUGGACAGGGUCUGGGUGGAACCUUUGUGUCAGUUGUUGGCAUUAUCACUCUGGCAACCACUGACUCUCUGCAGACAGCAGCCAUUGCAUACUUCCUCUGUGCAGUAUUUGUCUUGUUCUUGGCGGUCAUAUGCCUCGUCAUUGCCUACAGAUCGCCCUUUGUUAAGUGGCACCACAACACCACCGUGAAUGUACUGACUGACAAAGAGAAGGAGGCAUUAGACACAACUUCCCCGCCCCUCAUCCUCAUCUUCAAGAGGAUCAAGCUGGAUGCGUUUAGUGUGUGGCUGCUGUUCUUCGUCACGUUGUCCAUAUUUCCAGCAUUCUCCAUUGGAGUGCAAUCCACUAUGGAGCAACCACACUCAAGUUUCAUCAAAAUGUACUUCACUCCCCUGACCUGCUUUUUCAUCUUCAACAUGGCGGACUUUGUCGGGAGUAUGGUGCCUGCUUGGAUCAAAUGGCCGUUCCCAAAUAAGUCAUGGAUCGUGGCCGUUGGUCGCCUUUUGUUCUUCGUUCUGUUCAUAUUCUGUAACUACAGACCGGACUCACGGACGAUCCCUGUGUACUUCAACGACUACGUCUACAUCGGCUUGAUGAUUAUAUUGUCCCUCACCAACGGGUAUUUCAAGACGGCCAUCAUGAUGGAAGGACCACAGAGAGUACCUCCAGAGUGGGCAGGCAAGGCUGCAUCAAUGAUGGUCUUCUUCUUAGUGCUUGGUAUCUUCUGUGGUCUCCAGUUCUCCCUCUUCUUCCCGUGGUUCAUCAAGCAAUUCUAAGACGAGUGAAAGAAAAGAUGAUCCCAGGACACUGUAAAGCCAACAACCUGUCCUGUGUUAUUGUUUUUUUGUUUAGAUGAUCUUCCCAUCAAGGGAACUUGGGCAAACUCCCACAAGGGAACUUGA